AUGACUAAUGCUUGCAUUACUGAUGCGAAUUCUAUAAAACACUUCUUGAAUAUAUUAUAGGCCAGGUAUGGAAAGCUCAAGUGCUUGAACGAGGGCAUUAGAUAGAGCACUGAUGAUAGAAUCAGUUUGAUCUAGAGAGUCAAAACAAUAAUCCUAAGAUUUCUUGAUGACAAAAUUUCAUACCGUAUCGGUAUUAAAUCCUUCAAGCAAAGAAGAAUUAGAUAAGAGAAGUUUGACUACACUUCUCUGCUGCUUAUGGAUGAGUCAGUGAUAUUGAGUGAUCUUGAGUUCAAGAUUGAAGAACAGUCCAAGUUCAAGUAACACUUUUACUCCUUCAAUAAUAUUGCAGUCAUUGAUAAAUCUGAAGCACUCAUUGUUGAAGUGAGAUUCAAAGUAACCACCCCAGUAGGGAAUACUGCUUACAUCAAUGAGUUCAAGGAAUUACCAGUCCUAUUCCACUGUAAUGAACCUUCUCUAACUGAACAAGAUGAAUACAUCUCUGAGCAUUACACCAUCAUUGUAUCAAUGACUACAUUGGUUAUAAGAAGAUCAAUGAAAGCAGGAAAACUGUUAUCCUGGGUUUUAAUAGAGCAAAAUGUUAACAGACAAAUGCAACUGAGAGAUCUUAGCGGUGACAAAAUCAUGACACCAGAGAAGAAAUUCCCUGUCAUCAUUUCAAUUUGUGUCACUCUUGAAGAAGAGCUAGAUAGUUCUCAAUCCUAUAGUGGUCAAGCUAGUAACCACUAUCUACAUGAGCAAGCUUUAUACUAAAAGAGAUGCACAGAUUCUUUGGGCAAUGAGCCCUUGAGACAAAAUUAAAUGCUCUAAAUAGGACUGAAAUUAUUAUAAAAGUCAAAAUAUAUUAAUUCAUUAAUCACUUCACUCUCAACGUCAUAUUCUUUUAACUCGAUACUUCUCCCCUCAAAGGAAUCCUUCUUGCCAUAUUUUUUACCGCUAAACAUAAAUUUAUUCUGGCAUUUUAUGAUAAGUCAACUUGGAGUAAAUAAAAUGGCCUGA